ACUUCGUAGAAAUGCAUGAAUAUAUAUAUAUAUAUAUAGCGAUCACCCAAUAAGUUAUUAUCAAUCCCCACGAAGAUGUAUAAUUAACCAUGUUCGGAGAAACCACAACUUCGGAGUCCGACGCUGCUCUUUUAGAGACAAUCCGGCGACAUCUUGUGCAAAACGAUCUUCAAGACACGGCGUCGUUUGUGGCAAAAGUUUACGACAGCAACACGCUACCGUUUAGUCGAAGCUCGAGCUUUGGCAGUCACUUUUUAAUGGAGAGCUGGGGGGAGUUGCCUUUGAAGGUGGACGACACAGACGACAUGGUCGUUUACGGUGCUUUACGUGACACUGUGAAUGUUGGAUGGGCCCCGUUAGAUAAUGCUGCGGUGGCGCGUGAGGAAGGUGUUGAUAUGGCGCGUGAGGCGCAGGUAGCGGAGAAGUACAGGGGGGUGAGGAGGAGGCCGUGGGGAAAGUAUGCUGCCGAGAUAAGAGACCCGAAGAAGAGCGGCUCGAACUCAAGGGUGUGGCUCGGGACUUACGAGACAGCUGAGGAUGCGGCUUUGGCUUAUGACAGGGCCGCUUUCAAGAUGCGCGGCUCGAAAGCCAAGCUCAAUUUUCCUCAUCUUAUAGGCUCGGAUGAGUGUGAGCCAAUCAGAGUGACUGCCAAGCGUGGCUCUCCGGAGCCGUCGGCUUCGUCUUCCACGUCGGAGCCUAAGCCAAAAAGGAGCAAACUUGACUCCGACGGUGCUCGCAAUUCGAAGUAGACUGCUGAAACGUGGCGCCCAGUUG